AUGAGCUAUAAUACAAAACUUAUAUCUGGUUUUUACUACCAACAGUUUCCUAUAACAGGAAAAGGUGUCAUACAAGGUUUGUCUGUUCCAUUGACUUUAAGUACACCUAUUUUAUAUAUUGUUUCAAACUUAGGUUCAAAGUGCUAUUCGAAUGUCGACAGAAACUACUAUGACCAAAAGAUACUCAUGCGUAUAAACAACACUUUCUCUGCUGGUUUGCCUAUUGUUCAUUCGAAUGCAGAGUUUUCAGCUUUAGUAAACUCAAACACUUUAGCAAACAUAAACUUAACCUUAGUUGACGCAAACUUUGUUCCUGUAAAACUUUUAUGUCCUAUGUAUUUGUCAAUGACGGCAGAAAGUUUCGAAUUGGAAGAUGCAACUGGUGAAAGUAUUGUACUACAAGAACAACUUCAACAACAAAUAGCUCAAGAACAACAAAUGCAACAAAUGCAACAACAAAGUCAAGAAUAA